UGCUUCUACCCACCUCUCCCAAGCAAUGAAGGUUAAGGCUUAUCAAAUCCGAAGCAAGUCCGAGAAGGAGCUCUUGACUGACCUCGAUGAGCUCAAGCAGAAGCUUGUCUCUUUGAGGGUCUCUAAGGCUCUCUCUAGCACUGCUGGCAAGGUCGCUGAGAUCAGGACUGUUCGUAAGAACAUCGCCCGUACCUUGACUGUCUACAACCAGACUAGGAAGGAUGCCGCCCGCGCUUCCUUCGCCGGCAAGAAGUACGUGCCUUUGGAUCUCCGCUCCAAGUUGACCCGUGCUAAGCGUCGUGCUCUUACCCCCGCCCAGUACAACAAGAAGACUGCCAAGGAGCAGACCCGCAAGGCCAACUUCCCCAUGAGGAAGUACGCCGUUGCUGCCUAAGUCGAUUUUCUUCGGAAGAGAGAUUGAUAGUCAGUCACCAAGAGUGGGAGCAGCUGGUUCGUGUCAUCGCAUUUUGCAGUAGCAUUUUCCUGCUGUUUCUACUCGUACGGGAGACCGGAGGGCAACAGAGA